CAUUACAAAAAAGUAAAAUGGAAGGAAAAUUGUGGAAAAACUUGAAAAACUGAGAACUCGUUCGGAAACCUAACGUUUUAAUUAGGCAAAGUGUGGAAAUGUUUCCUGGCGGCAACGGCAACGCCGAUCUGGGCUACAACAAGCAUGCUCAUGGCCAUGGCCACGGACACGGCCAUAGCCACAAUCAGCUCCUGGCGCAGCCCCCGCCGCCACCCCCUCAUUUCUCGCUGCCCACUGGUGGCGGCCCGGGCAUCGUGAACCCUCUGAUGGCCACCAGCUUGCCGCUGGCCAUGCAGGGCGGUGCCGGUAUCGAUUGGGCGCAGCUCGCCCAACAGUGGAUCCAUAUGCGGGACGCCGGUCCGGCAGGCGUCAAUAUGCCCGUUUCAACAUGCCCGCCUCCGCCCGUCAUUGGCAAUGUGCGCGAUUAUCACCAACAAAUGAGCAUGCCGAUGCCUAAUAUGGCGCGGGCCGGAUAUCCGAUCCUGGAGGAGCAAGGCGAGGCGGACAUGGACAUGGAUGAUGACAACGAGCGGGGACACGGCGCAGAAACGCCGCCGCCACCGGCCCCUAUGGUUACGCAAUCCCAGUGGAUGGCACUCAAUGAAACGCCAGCCCUGUCCGUGCCGGCGUCCAGCGAAGCGGCUGCAACGCUGGGCAAACAGCAAUGGAGCAAUUGGCACACGCAGCCCGGAAAAACUCCCAACACAGGCAAUCCCACUGCACAUAUUCCCUCGCUGCUCAAACUCAACGUCAGCAAUCCCAAUGAGCCGCAUCAACAGCUGCAGAUGCAGCCAUCGCAACAUACAGCGCAGUCACACCAGCUCGCAACGCAUCAACAACAUCAGCAGCAAUUGCAACAUCUACAGCAUCAGCAGCACCUAGACAGCGGAAGCGCCGGUGGUGCCAGCGGUGAGAUCGAUGCCAACAAACGAAAAAUGUUGCCAGCUUGGAUAAGAGAGGGCUUGGAGAAAAUGGAGCGUGAGAAACAGAGGCAGCUGGAGCGCCAGCAGUCCUCCUCCCAUGUGCCAUCAGACACGGCUGAUGCUGAGAUCGAUGUCCACGUUAAGCAAGUAUCAAGCAAAACACUAACAACACCUGUUAAUCUAUUGAACAUCUCGAACGUGGCCAGCGACAGCGAAGAUUCUAUUGGCUUGCCUGCUGGGGUGGAACUUGGCGGAGAACUGAAGGAGCAGCAAAUAGGUAAUGAAUUAUUAAGUAAGGCCGCCAAUGGCAGCAGCAGCAGCAGCGACGAGGAGGAGCAGAAUGAAUCCGGAAGCCGAACGGCAGGGGAGAAGGCAGCAACAGCAGCGGCUAAAGGUGACGGCGAUGUCAAUGGUAAAAACUACGAAGAAAGACUGGCGGAUCUGAUGCUUGUGGUGCGUCGCACACUAACCGAAAUCCUGCUGGAAACCACAAAUGAAGAGAUUGCGGCCAUUGCUGGCGAGACUCUGAAAGCGCACCGCGCCAAAGCGUCAUCAGCCCAAGUGAUUCGCAAAAGCGCCUUGUCCUCCAUAACCGGCAACUUGGGUUUAGCUGCCUAUGGCGAUUCUUCCAGCGAAAGCGAAGAGGAUGAGGACGAGGAGGAUGGAGAGCGCCAGGCCGAUGCUGGCAAGGAUGUCGAUAAGAGCGUACACCUAAGCGCGGAAGAGUUGAAGGCUCGCAUAAGGCGCAGCAAACGAUCCUUUGAAAGAGUCAUUGACGACAUCGAGGAUCGAGUGGCCAAGCAGGAGCAACGCGAUGAACAGACCCUGCAGCGGCAUCGAAAGCGCGAGCUCGAGCGCUCCGAUACUGCCAGUGAGCAGCGUCGUCCGCUGCCCAAUUCCGAUUCACUCGGUGAGACGGCUAGCCGCCCAACCCACGAGAAGCUGCAGCAAUACAAUGCAGGCAAACGUCCCAGUCGUAAGGAGCGUACCACUCGCUUUAGCGAUAACAAGGACGGCAAACAGCAGUCCCAGAGCUAUGUUCAACAGGUGGUGGCUGCCGCCGCUGUUGCUCCGCUGCCUAGUGUGAGCUCUAGUUCUGGGCCGCCCAAGUUGAAGCCUGUGCCGAAUCCGGCCACCAAUCUACUGCAGAUGCCGGAAUCGGUGGCAACCAUGCUGAGUGCGGCGGAUAAGGCGCUGAAUAAGGUCAGCAAAUCGUCGCGCAAGUCUAAAAGCAAGCGACGCCAUUCGUCCACAUCGUCCUCCUCCAGCAGCAGCGGAGAGAGCAGCAGUUCCAGCAGCGACAGCGAUGACAGCAGCAGCUCCAGCAGCGACAGCGGCUCGAAAACCUCCAGCAAUCGGAGCAAGCGCAGCUCUCGCCAUGGGCACCGCAGCCAUGGCAGCAGUAGUCGCAGCAAAUACAACCGUCGGGAACGCCACAGGGAAAGGGAGCGAGAACGGGACCGAGAUCGGGAUAGACGUCACGACCGCCGUCACUAUAGCGGAGGCAGCAGUAGUAGUCACCGACAGGGACAGCGGCGACAUCGCGGCUCAAGCCACUCCGCAGAGGAUGAUGGCGCCAGUGGCACCUACCACCGCUCCUCACGACAGAGCAGUAGCCGGGGUCAUGAUCACGGUAGCAGCACCAGCGGUCGCAAGCGUCACCGCACGAGAUCACGAUCCAAAUCGCGCAGCACUCACAAAUCCAGCUCCAACGCGUACACCUCCUCUUCUUCCGCGUCGCAUUCGCGCAAGCGCCACUAAGAUAAUGACAACAGCUAAUUGUUAAAUUAUACAUAUAUAUAUUA